AAUGGGCAAUGCCUUACCGUUCGGUGUAUGUAAGAACCUUCAAAUUGUAACAAUUACAAUUACUAGUCUUGUUCUAAUUCUAAUUGCCAACCAACUAAAAUCAUAAUUAUAGAGUAUCAAAUCGGAUGUUCGGAUCGACUUAGGAUUACUCUUUCCUUAACCCCACUAAUAUACGAAGUAUAAAUAUAACCCUCUCCCUCCUCAAAAAUAACCUUAUAUUCCCCGAAACCUUUGGGUUGAAUUUAUUUUCUCUCACCUCCCAAAAAAUUAUAAAAAUAAAAUCAACCCUUGGGCUAAUACUGUGGGUGAUCACUGUCUCUCCUUCAAACCCUUUUUUUUCUUGCAAUAAUUCUAUUAAGUCGGUGUAAUUUUUGCUGAAUUUUUCUGGGUAGGUCUGAUUCUUGCAUAAUUUUUCUGGGUUUUUGAUUUUCAGAAGAAUUAUUUUGGUUGGUUUCUGGUGGGAUGAUGGAAAAUAGUAACUAUAAUUAUAAUAAUAAUCGUACUUACUGGAAGAAGAAAACAAAGGCAGAGAAUUGCAAUGGCGGUUCAAGGUCGAGAUCACAGAACAACAACAGGAAGCCUUCUUUUGGCAACGGUGGGCGGCAGCAGUCUACGCUUUCACUGGAGAAGAAAUUCUGUGCAGUGGUAGGAAGAGUAUCAUGGAAAAAGAUAUUGCAUACACAAAAAUACAUGUUCCAAGAUGAAAAGAUAAUAAAUUGGAAGGACUCUGCUGUAGAGGAGGCUUUCUGGAAUGCUAAGAAGCGGUUUUGGGCAGAGGCGCUCGGCCAUCCUUGUGACAUAGAACUACCUGAUCCUGACGUCUUCAUUGACAACAUUGACUGGGAUUCCAAUGUCGAUCCCAGUCUUUUAUUAGACUUGGAGAAGAGAGAUUCAGAUAUCUCUUGUGAGGCGGAUCAAAAGAACAGUGGUGUAGUUGUGGGGAUUCCUGUGGUACCGGAGCAGUAUGUUUUAAGCCCCAUGGGAUGGGGAGAUGCUGAAGAGGAGGGUCCACAAUUAAAUAAUCCUGAAAAGCAUGACAGUGUGAAUAAUGCAGAGAAAGGUUGCUCAAAUAAAGGUUGGGAAGAUGAUAAUUAUGGCCAUUGGGGUGACAACAUUGCGAACAACGCAGAGAAAGGUUGCUCAAAUAAUGGCUGGGAGGCUGAUUUUGAUAAUUGGGGUGACAGAAAUAUGAACAAUGCAGAGAAAGGUUGCGCAAAUAAUGGUUGGGAAGAUAAUUACUUUGACCAUUGGGGUGACAAGGUUGUGAAUAACGCAGAGAAAGGUUGCUCGAAUUAUGGCUGGGAGGCUGAUUAUGAUCGUUGGGGUGACAGCAAUGUGAACAAUGCAGAGAAAGGUUGCUCGAAUAUUGGCUGGGAUAAUAAUUUUGUUUACGUUGCUAAUGAUAUGGUUCACUACAAAGAAUAUAAUUGGGAAGGCUACGGGACCAAUAAAUGGUGGGAUCAUCGUAGCUACAAGAAGUCAGAUUAUGGGGGUCAGCAUGGGUUCAACAUCUCCCAGUAUCAACAUAAUGGUAAUGACCAGUCAUUCUUCGGUGAUUUCGGAAGCAACAGAAGAGGCAAUUUUUCUAAUAUUGAACGCCCUCUGAUAAAGUGGAAACCUGUUUCAAGGCAAUGGUAGAUUAAUAGUAUGAUUGUGAGCAAAUUUUGCAGGAGCUUAAAGCAUAUUAGCAGUAGUAUUUUGUUGAUACAUAAUCAAAUUCUUUUGUUAAUCUAGUAUCAUAAAUUCAUAAUGCGGUUAUGCGGUAGAUCGAUAUGGUAAUACUAAGGUUAGUAUAUACUUGUGCUAUUUUGUACUGUAGGAGGUUAUUUUGUAGCUGGAUGGCAUGUUUAUGUGUAUAACAUGGGGGAUAUAUGGAAGAGUUAUAGAAUGAGCUUGUUGUGUUAAGCGUUCUCAAUCUUAAUAAUAAUCUCUUGUUCUUGGA